UUCGUGCAGGUGCGUCUGCUGGGUGUGGUUUCUCAGGGCCAGCCCACCUUGGUCAUCAUGGAGCUGAUGACUAAAGGAGAUCUGAAGAGCCACCUGAGGUCACUACGGGCUAAAGAUCCGUCCCAGUCCUACAGUCUCAACCUCCCUCCUCUGAAGAAGAUUAUUCAGAUGGCUGGGGAGAUAGCUGAUGGGAUGUCUUAUCUCAACGCUAACAAGUUUGUCCACAGAGACCUGGCCGCCAGGAACUGUAUGGUGGCAGACGACUACACCGUCAAGAUAGGUGAUUUUGGUAUGACCAGAGACAUCUAUGAGACAGACUACUACCGUAAAGGAGGAAAGGGGUUGCUGCCGGUCCGAUGGAUGUCCCCCGAGUCCCUUAAAGAUGGAGUGUUCACCACCACCUCGGAUGUCUGGUCUUUUGGGGUGGUGUUAUGGGAGAUAGCCACACUAGCAGAGCAGCCCUACCAGGGGAUGUCCAAUGAGCAGGUGCUGCGCUUCGUUAUGGACGGAGGACUGCUAGACAAACCAGACAACUGCCCAGACAUGCUGUUUGAGUUAAUGCGUUUGUGUUGGCAGUACAACCCUAAGAUGCGCCCGUCGUUUCUGGAGAUCAUUAACAGCAUCAAGGAGGAGCUGGAGCCACCGUUCAGAGAGAUGAGUUUCUUUUACAGCGAAGAGAACAAGCUUCCAGACACAGAGGAGUUAGACAUGGAGGUAGAGAACAUGAAGAAUGUUCCUUUAGGCCCAGCUGCCUCUUCACGGCCCCCCAUCCCCUGCCCCCCCACCAGCUCCGGGUCCGUCCUGCCCAACCAGCCCCCUCCUCCCCCCUCCCAACAGACAUCAGACUCCACGGCCCCCGACGGUCCAUUAACGCUGGGCUCCACCCCCCCUUCAGCCCCGUCCUCUGGGCAGGUUCAGCCCCAGGCUCCCUCGUCCCCCUGCUCCCCAGCCCUCGGGGCCACCAGCCAGGCCUGCUGCUCCCGAGUGGCCCCUGGCCCCUCCUCAGCCCAGAGCUCAGGGGCUUCAGGACAGGUGGAGUCCAACGGCCCCGAGGCGGUCGCCCAGGUCCUGCUGCGACCAGCCUUCAAUAACUCACCGCCCUACGCACACAUGAACGGAGUGAGGAAGAAGGAACGUGCCAUGCCCCUCCCACAGUCCUCGGCCUGCUGAUCCUAGUGGACCUCUCUCCAUCAUGCCCCUCCCACAGUCCUCGGCCUGCUGAUCCUAGUGGACCUCCAUCAUGCCCCUCCCACAGUCCUCGGCCUGCUGAUCCUAGUGGACCUCUCUCCAUCAUGCCCCUCCCACAGUCCUCGGCCUGCUGAUCCUAGUGGACCUCUCUCCAUCAUGCCCCUCCCACAGUCCUCGGCCUGCUGAUCCUAGUGGACCUCUCUCCAUCAUGCCCCUCCCACAGUCCUCGGCCUGCUGAUCCUAGUGGACCUCUCUCCAUCCCUCAUCCCUCUUUUCUAAAGAGCUUGGUGGACUCCUCUGUGGUGGGACUCCUCUGUGGUGGGACUCCUCUGUGGUGGGACUCCUCUGUGGUGGGACUCCUCUGUGGUGGGACUCCUCUGUGGUGGGACUCCUCUGUGGUGGGACUCUCUGUGGUGGGACUCUGUGGUGGGACUCUGUGGUGGGACUCCUCUGUGGUGGGACUCCUACUUUUUCAUUCUGUUAUUGUAUUGACAUUUCUAUCAACUGCCUGAUAUAAAGCACCUCCUGCUGAGGCCUGCUGGGAGGACCCUGAACCACAACCGGAACAACGGUGUUUUUUACAUAUAUUCCUUUAGGCCCAGCUACCUUUAUAUAUAAAACGCAAGUCCGUUGUUCAGGAAGGUUUCUGCUACCAGUCAAAAGUUUGGACACACCUACUCAUUCAAGGGUUUUUCUUAAUGUUUACUAUUUUCUACAUUGUAGAAUAAUAGUGAAGACAUCAAAACCAAAAAAAAGCCAA